CCUGAGACGGUAACUCCAUGCCAGAUGUCAACAUCAGCGAUUCCCUGUUGUGAAGAAGAAUGACUUUUGCUCCACCGCUUAACUCUGCGUCGCUCUGUGGAAGAUGAACCACUCCUGUGUCUCCCAGACCAGUGACACCACUAAUGUGACAGCAGAUCCACUGGGGGGCCAUGAGAUAUGGGAGGUGGUGGUGAUCGUACUCAUCACAGGGCCUCUCUCGCUGGUCACUAUCAUAGGUAACCUGCUGGUGGUGAUCUCCUUCCGGGUUAACAGGCAGCUGCGCACCUUCAGCAAUUACUUUCUGCUGAGCCUGGCGGUGGCGGACCUGAUCCUGGGGGCAGUCUCUAUGAACCUCUAUGCUGUUUAUAUUAUCAUGGGACGCUGGACUCUGGGCAGCCUGGCCUGUGAUGUCUGGCUGGCUGUGGAUUAUGUGGCCAGCAAUGCCUCCGUCAUGAACCUGCUGGUCAUCAGCUUCGACCGCUUCUACUCCAUCACCAGACCUCUCACCUACCGGGCCAAGCGCACCACACGCCGGGCAGCCGCAGCCAUCGGCCUGGCCUGGGCCGUGUCCUUCAUCCUGUGGGGGCCAGCCAUCCUGUUCUGGCCCCAUGUAGUGGGCAGGGCCUCACAGGGCGCGGGUGAAUGCUCUAUCCCGUUCCUGACCGAGCCUGCUCUCACAUUCGGCACGGCCAUCGCUGCCUUCUACCUUCCUGUCACCAUCAUGGGAAUCCUGUACUGGAAGAUCUACUGGGAGAUCGAGAAGCGAGCCCAGGGUCUGGAGGGGCUAAUGGGGUCUGGGAGCAGUGGAGGGGCCUCCCAGGUGUCUGGGCGAAGGGAUGUCUACUCCAGCAGCACCAAGAGCAGUGUGAGCAGCUCCAGAGAGGUGCCUGUGGGCAGGGAGCAGAGCAGUGAGGUGUCCCAGGGCUGCUUCCCUGUGAGAGAGGAGCCUAAACAGAGCAGUGGGAGGAGAAUAGCAACACUGUCAUUGUCUCCCACCAAGGGGGCCUACAGGGAGGGCUGCAGAGACAGCACCUGUAACGUAGAUGAGGAAGAGCCUACCGUCUCCCUUUCCUCCUCAGAGGAAGAACCAGAGCAGACGCAGCAGGGGGUGAGCGCUAAGACAAGCCCUAAAGCCAUAAUCCCACUCAGAGACGCCCAGGGCAGAGUCACCGUAGGGGCCACCAAACCCCUGACAUCCAGGGCAGAGGACAGUACAACAGGUCCACAGGGCAGGCAGCCCCCCCUAAGGGGCUCCACAUCAGACUCCAGACGCCACAAGCAGCCCAAAGCCAAGAGGAGGAGGAACACAAUUGUCAGGGAGAAGAAGGCAGCCAGGACCCUGUGUGCUAUCCUGCUGGCUUUCAUCCUGACCUGGACGCCGUACAACAUCAUGGUGCUGGUGUCCGUCUCCUACUGCGUGCCCGAGAAGCUGUGGCAGCUGGGCUACUGGCUCUGCUACAUCAACAGCACCGUCAACCCAGUCUGCUACGCCCUCUGCAACGAGCACUUCAGAGUCACCUUUAAGACGCUGCUGCUCUGCAGGCCGGGACAGAGGAACUGGGGAAUGGCUUAUAAUGCCAACCAUGCCUCCUUCAGGACACACAAGACCAGCAGUACUGUCUGAUCUUUUUCAAAGCUAGACACUACCCUCUAGCUUAAGAAGAGUCAGACCUGCCCUAGUAAAAGACAAUCCAUGCAAGGGGAUGAUUUUUGAAGAAGGCAGAGGAAUUGCUUUUUGACUGUUAGAUAAAAACAAAGAAACAGACAGGCUAAGUAUGAUGGGCAUUGACAUCCAUAACAGUCAGUAGCAGAAAACCUACCCAGGGUAUUGCCUCAAAGUACAGUCUUUCUUAAGAACAUUACAUUGCAUACAUCUAUGAUAAUCAUGCAGUCUGUUUUUGCCCAUGACUGUCUUCAAACGUUCCUUCCUCACCCUCCCCUUCCGUUCCUCUCCACGGAGCAGUUGGUCUGCCCAUUUUGACUUCGGUCCAGAGCCAUGAGGAAAUGGCUUCUGUUUAUGACAUGUUUAUUGAAACAGGGUUAUGAUUUGGUCCAUAUGCCUUCAUGUUAAAUCAUCACCAGGAACUUGCAAUACAAAAGGUACAAAUAUAAGAGACACAAAGAUUCCAUCACUGAUACAAUAAUGCUUCAGUGAUCUUGAACGCACACUGCUGCAAUAGAGAAGAGAGGACACGGCACCAAAUACAGCCAGUGACAAAUAUUUUAUUUUCCUGGGAAAAAAAGACAAAACCGUCUACCAUAAAGGCAAUAUUCAUUCACAACUCAAAUAAAGUCCCAAAACUGUUCUACAUCAACUGAAUCAAUAUCAUUGCUGAAUAUGACGGCAAAACGAAAACCGUAAUGUUCCAACUGGAACCUGCCCCUAAACAAACACCCCAAAAAUGUCAUGAGAAAUACUUGUUUAAUGCUUUAGUAUUUGUUAGUUGGCUAUUGAUAUAACAUGAUAGUAUAGCUAAAUUAUAUUACACAACUUCCAUACACUUUGAUCAAUUCAAAUCUGAGCAUACCAUUAGCACACAUUAUCAUGCACCUGUUUGACUCUUUUGCCUUUUUACCAUGUCUGUCAAUGUAUCCUGUGUUUUUUACUGUCACUAGUUAAGGUAAAGACAUUUUAGCUAAUUGUAAUUUGUGCAAUUUGUAUGCCAGACCUGUGGAGAGCAUUGUGCCCAGCUUUGGGGGAGAAGCGCAUACAGAAAAUACAAGUGGAAAAAAACAGGUCUUCCCUUUCCAUGAGACAAAGAACUGACAUGCAAUUGAUUCAGAAAUGUGCCUUUAAGGUUCACCUUAGAAUCCCUUUGUGCCCAUGUGCGAAUUAUAUAAAUGUAGACCUAUAUAUGACAAUGUCAAUACAUUUAUCCUCUAAGGAAAAUGCUACAGUAUAGCAAAUGCAGGUGCACACACCAGUCUGCAGUUUGUGUUAACACACCACUGUCUGACAAGAUCCUCUGAUGGCUCCCCAUCAUUCCAAUAACAUUAUCCCCCUGACAGUCCCAGUAGCACUUGUAUUGCUCAUUACUGCCCUCCUGUGGCUAUAACUGAAGGGGAGUGUAAAUCAUGACAGUCACUUGAGGCCCCAGUGGAGCAGGUUAGAGCAGGGUGGGAUGAGACUUCCGAGCCGGUAUGGGAAGGGAAACAAAGUCCUGUGCUCGGUAGCUAUUUCCCAACACAUAACAAGGGGUCGAGUUCAGGACUACUGCAGCUCUCUAGGACCUGUGUUGCCUACCAAUGGAAUAUAUAACUAUUGUUGGUAAAAUGCUGGCUGUAGGUAUACAGUCGUGGCCAAAAGUUUUGAGAAUGACACAAAUAUUAAUUUUCACAAAGUCUGCUGCCUCAGUUUGUAUGAUGGCAAUUUGCAUAUACUCCAGAAUGUUAUGAAGAGUGAUCAGAUGAAUUGCAAUUAAUUGCAAAGUCCCUCUUUGCCAUGCAAAUGAACUGAAUCCCCAAAAAACAUUUCCACUGCAUUUCAGCCCUGCCACAAAAGGACCAGCUGACAUCAUGUCAGUGAUUCUCUCGUUAACACAGGUGUGAGUGUUGUCAAGGACAAGGCUGGAGAUCACUCUGUCAUGCUGAUUGAGUUCAAAUAACAGACUGGAAGCUUCAAAAGGAGGGUGGUGCUUGGAAUCAUUGUUCUUCCUCUGUCAAACAUGGUUACCUACAAGGAAACACGUGCCGUCAUCAUUGCUUUGCACAAAAAGGACUUCACAGCCAAGAAUAUUGCUGCCUGUAAGAUUGCACCCAAAUCAACCAUUUAUCAGAUCACCAAGAACUUCAAGGCGAGCGGGUCAAUUGUUGUGGAGGCUUCAGGGCGCCCAAGAUAGUCCAGCAAGCGCCAGGACCAUCUCCUAAAGUUGAUUCAGCUGCGGGAUCGGGGCACCACCAGUACAGAGCUUGGCAGGCAGGUGUGAGUGCAUCUGCACGCACAGUGAGGCGAAGACUUUGAGGAUGGCCUGGUGUCAAGAAGGGCAGCAAAGAAGCCACUUCUCUCCAGGAAAAACAUCAGGGACAGACUGAUAUUCUGCAAGAGGUACAGGGUUAGAACUGGGGUAAAGUCAUUUUCUCUGAUGAAUCCCCUUUCUGAUUGUUUGGGGCAUCCGGAAAAAAAGCUUGUCCGGAGAAGGUGAGUGCUACCAUCAGUCCUGUGUCAUGCCAACAGUAAAGCAUCCUGAGAUCAUUCAUGUGUGGGGUUGCUUCUCAGCCAAGGGAGUGAGCUCACUCACAAUUUUGCCUAAGAACACAGCCAUGAAUAAAGAAUGGUACCAACACAUCCUCCGAGAGCAACUUCUCCCAACCAUCCAGGAACAGUUUGGUGACGAACAAUGCCUUUUCCAGCAUGAUGGAGCACCUUGCCAUGAGGCAAAAGUGAUAACUAAGUGGCUCGGGGAACAAAACAUCGAGAUUUUGGGUCCAUGGCCAGGAAACUCCCCAGACCUUAAUCCCACUGAGAACUUGUGGUCAAUCCUCAAGAGGCGGGUGGACAAACAAAAACCUACAAAUUCUGACAAACUCCAAGCUUUGAUUAUGCAAGAAUGGGCUGCCAUCAGUCAGGAUGUGGCCCAGAAGUUAAUUGACAGCAUGCCAUGGCGGAUUGCAGAGGUCUUGAAAAAAAAAGGGUCAACACUGCAAAUAUUGACUCUGCAUCAACUUCAUGUAAUUGUCAAUAAAAGCCUUUGACACAUAUGAAAUGCUUGUACUUAUACUUCAGUAUUCUAUAGUAACAUUUGACAGAAAUAUCUAAAGACACUGAAGCAGCAAACUUUGUGGAAAUUAAUAUUUGCGUCAUUCUCAAAACUUUUGGCUACAACUAGAACACACUCAAAUUAACUUCAACCAACCAGCAACCACUGACUCACUUUUCUUCAAUGCAGCAAUAUCAAUUCCUUAAGAUAGUUACGCCAAGGUCCUGUUCCUCUCUGAGGUAUAGAGAUGGAUGGGUACUAAGUAAUGGUAAGGCCCUCUCUAUGCUUUCCCAACUCGGUGUUGCCUCCACAUCAGGAGCUGGAAGAUUAUUCAUUAAUAUUGAAGAUGGGCACUACACAAAGACUACAGAACCAACCUAUUAUUGCAGCUUUUAAAUCAUUUCACACCUUUAAUAUGCUAUACAAAUAUAUAAAUAUACAAAACCUUAAACAUUUUCUUAUUAUGAACAAGCAUUGGCAUGCUAAUUGAUUUCAACUAUUUCUCUCGUCUAUACGCAAAACAGAUAUUUUGCAGGAUAAAAGUAGGAUCAUUCGGAGCAGUCGUGUGCAUGUGCAGUGCCUUCGGAUUCUUCAGACAAUUUCACUUUUUACACAUUUUGUUACGUUACAGCUUUAUUCUAAAAUGUAUUGUCCCCCCCACCAAUCGACAAGCAAAUACCCCAUAAUGACUAAGCAAAAACAGGUUAUUAGAAAUGUUUGCAAAUGUAUUAAAAAUAAAAAACUGAAAUAUCACAUUUA